GUUACAUAGCGGCCGAACAACAAGAUCCAGACUGCUUGCUCUUUUUUGAUUCUUCUUUGGUACGAUAAACAGCUUUAGUUCGUUUACUAGACUGAUGAAAAAAGAAAAGAUGAAUACCUCAACCGCUUUAAUUGUGGCUUUCGUUCUGUGGUUCAUUCGUUACGUACGAUCUGGUAAGUAAAUUCACUUUUUCAGCGAAUGGUUAUGUGACUGUGGAAGGUCCAUAGCUCUGAGCGUGCCUAACAUUAUAUUCGGCUACUUCAGUGAUUCGAACGAGAAAAAUCUUUUCGUGAUCCUCCAUGUAAAAAGAUGCAAAGAUGAAUUUCAGUUACAGUCAGAGAUAACAUUUAAACACAGUUGUUUUCAUUGAUUCAGCUAUUUGAUACCUAGUGCCAAACUUAUCGACACACGUUCAUGUAUAAACACAGCUGAAAACGUGCUUGCGAAAUUCUAACUUGAAUCUGUAAGGUAUUGAUAGGAAUUCAUUCAUCUGACUCUAUUUCACUGUUUCAAAAUUGUUGCGACUUCUACAUUAGCCAAUAAAACUUUGAACUGUUUCCUCUCUCAUAGCGAGAAAGAAGCACCGGCAUAAUCGUCUAAAACUGAGAUAGGGUUGUUAGAAAACUUAUAUUGAGUUAGCUUCGAGGUUUAUGUUCGAGUAUGUUUCAUGUCUAAGUGGAGUUUUUCUACCCGAAAGUUGAUUCAGGAUAACAACUUCAAACAAGCGACUUCCCCUGCUAACGAAUGAGGAUUACAAAAAGAUUAACCACCUCGUUAGAGGAUCUCAGAAACUAAUCUAGUUGUCAACUAGAAAAUGCUAUAUUCUACUUAGAACUCUCAGAAUUUUAGCGCGUUUUUUAAGUAUAUCCGCUAAACGAGUGCUAUAGCUGUUGAAUCAGAAGGGCAAACACAUGACUUUGAAAUGCUUUAGAGAAGUACACUCAGAGUCGGAAACAUUGAAUUUCGGCAUUUAUUGUAAAGACAAUUGCAUAUAUAUAUAAACAAAGGGCAACAGAAAAAGUAACCUCAGUAAACUAUUUGACUUGCUUUUUGAGUUUUCACUAUUCAGAUUUAAUCAUUUUUCUGAACGAAACACAUACAUAUCAUCAAGUCUGAAAAGGCCUUCUGAAUUUGAGAGAUAAGCGUCGAAUUCGUUGGGCGGCUCUUCUCCUGAAAUCUCCACAUGAUUAAUGAUGUGUAAAACGAGGCAUUGCAUGUUCGUUCGGCAGGCAGGCGUUAAAAUGCCCCGGAAAUUACCUCAAGAUUGGCUGUCAAACAGCAAGAUUAAUGAUUAUUAAUUACUGUCAACGACUGUCAGCGUAAAAGAGAGCAGCGCAGCCUAAGCAGGUCACGGAAUUCAAAUACUUAACUCUUUCACUCCCACAAGUGACCAAGACAGAAUUUCUCUUUACAAUAUCAAUACAAUAUCAAGCAGGCAGGUGAUAAGAAUAGAGAAGAAUAUCAAUUAUGGGAUUAUUAGUUGAUCCAAUACCAAAUUCUCUGAACUAACAUCAUAAGAAUUGAAGGCAGAUAGUAAGGAGAAUUACUAAUUAGAUCUUGGGAGUGAAAGGGUUAAGUGUAUCUUUUAUGAUGAUCUCAAUCAUGGGUGAUUUUAUAAACACCACGGGAAUUUGAAUCCGACCACGUGAAAUACAGUUUUUUUUGGUAAUCAUAACACUCACUGUGUGCGGGCAUGGUAGGUUUUUAUGGGAUUCUCUUCUAAUUUGGCGAAAGGAUCGAAAAAUUAUACUCAGCCAUAUGGAAUACUUAUGAUUUAAAGUGAUGCUAGAGGAAUUUCAGAGAGUUCGAUUAGUUCCUUCUAACUUAUGCUGGCAAGUUAAGAUAGUUUUUCUGUUUUUCAACAGAUAUAUAUAACACAAUCAGAAAGGUUUCUAUUUAGGAAACACAAACACUAGUGCAUGUGAUUUGAGAAGACGUUUCCUCCUGUUACUAACUUAUAGCCUUCGAUAUUUUUUGAAGAUGAAAAGAAAACUGCUCUUUGGCUCUUGAACAAAAUUUUUCACAAAUUGAGUGAGAUGUCUGAUCAAAGUGGAUGCAAUAAAGGACCAUAUCAGUUACCUCAGCCAGAGCAAUUUAUUCAGUGACAGAAGCGUUCAUUUUAACCGUUUAAAAACAAUUUUUCAGUUAUUUGCUUAUGGGAUCGUGGAAAAAAAUGUCAGCUAAAUCAUGCUGGCAGUUUUUUUUUUAGAACUUUUUAUCUACUUCUCAAGUCAGGGUUGGUUGUUCAGAACAUGAUUAAGCAAACCCAGCGUUGUACAAUUAGUUUUCUAGUCUUGUAAAGAGUUGUUUAGUUUUUAUGUUCACUUUGAUUUGCUGUAAAAUAAAACGCAACAAGCUGUCGGCAUAAUACACACUUUUAAAAGGAGAAAUUAAGACAAAGUAAUAAUAAUAAUAAUAAUAAAGAAUUUAUUUCAAGCGGGUGGCCCUCUAAGCAUUAUCAAAAUUUUACUACAGCCAAUCACAAAAGUUGAAAAAUAAAAAAAUGUCCGUCUACAUUUCUACCAUAACCCAUUACAAAUAAGAUAAAUAUAAAUACGGUCUAGAAUAUGUACAUGCAUGCAUGUUUCUACGCUUCAAAAAACUUUUUCCACACGUUAAUUUAAAACACUUCAGAGAAUCCACUUUCCCGGAUACCAGCUUUUAAGUCAAGCUUUUAAGUCAAACUUUUAAUCUUGUAUCAAACAAUUGCGCCAAGUAGUUACAAGAACUGAACGCUAGACCAAGAGUUUCUCCUGCAAACGCUCAGAGUGGGGACAUUCUUUUUAAUUCUUAAACAAACAAAGGAAUGUCAGAAUACUUGUCAUAGUUUCUCUCAGUCACGCCUACAAUAGAACGAGACUCUUGCCGCCGAGUUAAAUCAUAAAUCAAUAGUUGCCAUCACGUAUCAGACGGAUGAAAGAGUUCUUGAAACACAAACUUAUGUUGAUAUAAUAGUUAUAUUUGGUUCAUGAAUUUGAUAUUUUCCUAUUUUAUUUCAUGGUUUUGUGGUGAGAUGAAAUUACCUCGCGGGUUUGGUUAUCUCAAAAGCCGGCGUAUCGGAAAUUCAGCUGAUAGUUUCAAUUUCGUUUGUUGACCUUGAAAAUUCAGCACUUUUGUAAUGGACUUUAAGAAAAACGUUAUUUCUUGGAUGAGCACAUGUGUCUUAAAGCAAUCACAACGACCAACCAGAGAAGAGGAAAAUACCUUUGAGAGCUAAUGCGAAGCAACCAAACAAACUGUCAAAAGCGCGGGAAAAGGCGGGCGACCAAGUCGUGAUUGAUUUCAGUCUUGCUUCUGAUUGGUCGAGCGGGUGGCGCAAGUUUUCAGGGCCAAUCACAAAGCGAAUUAAAGAAAAACCGAUACGAUUUCUUUUGAAAUGUUUUAGAUGAUAAGUUGUUUUCUUCUUUUACAGACUGCAGUCUUGGUUUGGGAAUGAUCACAGGAGACAUCCGGGACUCUCAAAUAACCGCCUCGUCUUCAUACUCAGAGUGGACGCAGCCAUUCGCCGGCAGACUUUGGAACACGAGGUGGGCUGAGUGACACAAGUUUUUGAAUCACACUCAAGAAAAACUGACAUACGUUUAACACACACUUAGAACUCGCCAGGGGGGGUCUAAGAGUCACGAGUCACAAAGCUCACACUCUGAGAACUCGUCGACAUCGCUAAAUAAGGUGUAAUCAACAACACGACACAGGUGUGCCCCAAAGACUUUCAUUUGAAUGGUAACACACUGUCGAAACUGAAAUUAAAGCUUCUUCAGCUUGCGCAGUAUAAGUAAAUAGUUCCACAUGAAAUUAUGACCCACGAGGUUGAAGGGGAAUAGCUAUGAUCACAUACUACGCUUUCAACAAUCGAAACGUCAGUUUUAGAAACUCUUUACAACUGUGGUGGCCAAGAUACAUUAUCAACUCAGUUAAUAAAAACAAAGCAGUAAUCGUUUCAUCCACAGACGUAUUCAUUAAGGACACUUUGUGAUGCACAAGAAACAGCACCACUCGAAAUAACUCCUAGAAGGGCCUAAAGGUCUUGAAGGGACCAAUCCGCACACAUUAAGGCUUGGAUCAUAAACUUUUGGGGUAAAAGAGCUUUGAAAAGUAGAGAAAAAAGUUCUGCUUGAAAAGCUGAUACCUCACGACUUUUCAUUGUAGCCACCGCAGAGAUCUAUUAACAAACCCAGUACUAGAGAUAACUCUCAAGUUUUACCGAUCUCUUUCUCUCCGAUUUAGGCGCCCUCAUGGCCAAACUUUCGGUGGCUGGUGUGCGACAGAUUGGGAUCGCACUCCAUAUUUACAAAUUGAUUUUGGACAGGAAAGUGUCAUAACAGCUGUGGCCACCCAAGGAUUGGAUUAUCCGUCGGGAAACUGGGUCAAAAAGUACUCCUUAAACUACAGUUGUGAUGGAAUGAAUUGGGAAACAUACCAAAAUAUGGACAAAGAUACGGUACAUCAAACGCAACUAUAGAUGAAAUUUUUAGUAUUUAUUUUUAAGAAUUCCUAGUCAAUGUUAGCUUGUUCGAAGCUAAAGAAAGAAAUGUAAUUCAUUAUUCUUCUACUUUUCUAAUGAAAUUGUUUGUAUUUCUCAUUCUCUUAGAGGUUGCGCGGGAACAAGGAUGACAGCUCAGUAGUGACAAACAAGUUGGAUAAGGCUAUCAUAGCACGAUUUAUUAGAAUACUUGUACGGGAAUGGAAUGAAUAUGGCAUCGUUUGCAUGAGAGUUGAAAUGUAUGGCUGCAACACAGAAGGUAAUAUCAAACGUUUCUCAAUUACAUUGCCACUUUUCCUUCUCACGCAUUAUGCGUUUUUCGCAGCUCAGCUUUACAGAUGGUUACAUUUUUCAGCGUCGCGUUCUUUUGGAUAGUUCUCUUGUUUAUGCUUGUCCCUAUAUUAUUGCCUGAAUCAACAAUGUACACUUUCUUAAGAAACUUUCCAACAUCUUUAACUUAAGUGUAGUCUUAUCGUCCAGGUGGGUGUAGUCCUGAGAAGGACUGUUGUCGGUUGCGGAAAAAAAAAUUAUGAUUUUUAGUAAUAAAGUAGCCUAAAAUGUUCCUAGAUACCAGUAACACGCUAGUGCAGGAAUCCUUAAUCCGUAGCUAUGUCAAUUAAAAUUAUAGAUUACAGCAAAAAAUUAACCAGGUGAGCUCCCAAAUACCAGUACCUAAAUAUCAUUAUUGGUGUUAGAAACCCUUCGCCACCCCUUAGCUUUAUCAGAAAAAAACUGGUGAUUCCCAGUAAAUUAAACAACCUGGUAUGCUUCCAAAUUGCAGGUGUACUUAGAGCUCGCCUACUAUACUCUCCUUGAAAAUCCUACUUAUGCCAUUAAGAUAAUUUACUUUCUCUACUAAUCCAUCCACAGAGGGUGGAUAUAAAGACUGCAACGCUGCUGCCGGAAUGGAAAGGGGCCAGAUAUCAGAUAAACAAGUGACAGCGUCCAGUUUUAUUCAGGGGCACCACCCGCAUCAAGGCCGCCUCAAUAACGUUUUCAAGCAGGUCAAUGGCUCUGCUCUUUGGGGAAGCUGGUGUGCACAGAACGUGGACACGACGCAGUAUAUCCAGGUAACAAAAUUUGGCCUGUCGAUUGGGAAUUUUGUGCAUAGAUCUUUGAGAGAGGGAUAGGGAGAAAGGGCUGUCAGCGGUCAAAGGUAUAAAAAGACUCGAGGAUAAAAGGGAAAUGUGGGUUUUACCUGUCGUAGAUCAAGCGUACUCAGCAAACGCGUGAAGCUGAAGCCCAAGUAAAGCGUCGGAUCGUUUAAUUAAAUGGACUUAUUUACACUGCAUCCAGGGGUAAGAUUACACCUACAUCUUUGUGUUACAAUAUUUUUCAAUUAAGUGUCAUCACACCGUACCCAGAGUAACCAAAAUAGCAAUCAGAUGUAACGAAAAUAUCUCAAACAGCCAAUGAGAAUUCAAAGUAACUUCAAACUGCUUUAGGCGCGGGAAAUGGCAGGUCACCAGUCGUAAUUCAUAAUGCAUGGUGAACGGUCGUGGAAACUAAUAAUUCGCUGAGGUUAAUCUUCUAUGGCCUGAGGAGACUAUCAAUACUCCCAAUCGCCUCAUGCUUGGUUAUGCUAAGGGUCCUGGGAAAAAAACUGAAGAUGGAUACAAUGCUAGUAAGACCUGAUACAACAGACGACUUGUAGAUUGAAAUAACUUUUUAAAGAAAAUGACGAAUUCUCGCUUUUCUCAGGUUGAUUUGAAAGAACUUCGUAACAUCUCUGGCGUUGCGACACAAGGAUCUGUUAGCAUGGGGACCUGGGUAACAGAAUACACGCUAAAUUAUAGUUCAGACGGCUUACAAUGGCAAACGUACAGCAACGAAACUGGAAUAGCAAUGGUAAGAAGUCUAAAAAGCAUCUUUAGAACAUGCUGAGAUGCAUUCUGUGUUUUAACGUAAGGCCUAAAUUCGGAAGUCGCCGUUACUUUAGGCAGCUUUGACUUAUCACGACUUAAAUAACCCUUCGUCCCUUCUUAGUUGGAUCUAAUUUCUCAUUACAGUUUCAUGGCUGACUCAAACAUUUAGGUCAUGAGAAUAAGUAAAAUGAUCGCUAUCUAAGGAUUCUUUUAUCUCCCCUUGUUGAUACUAUAAGAAAUUAAUACAGAGCAGUAUGGAGAGUGCACAUGCUGGUGUUAGUGUGUUAAGGGUUAAAUCAGCUUAAGGCAACGCAGCAAUGUAGCUGACGGAUCUCAAUAAGAGAAUGAGAAAAAAAAUUGAGCUGAGGAAAAAAAAUCACUUCUGAGAAACUGUGACAGCGGAUAGUCGUGCCUGCCAAACAUGACACAGAUAGAAAUUACUCUAAAUUUAAGAGAAUUAAAAGUGGAUAUCAGGUGAAAAAUUCGGAAAUUAAUUACAGGCAAACAGCCAUCAGUAACUGAGGAUUGGUUGAGUAGAUAUUGUAAGGUUUGAAAAAAAAUCUCACUGUGUGGCGUAAAGGAAACAAACACAUAAGUGAUAGACUUUCGGUUAACCAUUGAACAGCUUAGUUUUUGAAACGAUAGUUCACUAUACUUUUGCUUUUGACUCCUAGACGUUGCGAGGAAACUUGGACGAGGUGACAGUUCACAAGAACAUGUUCAAGCGACGCUUAGGCGCGCGUUACCUCCGUUUUAUUCCAAGGGCUUGGACACCACUCGGGCAGAUUUGUAUGAGAGUAGAAAUUUACUUAUGCCAGAUUUAUCAAGGUGAGUUUCUUCAAUUAUAUUUAUUGGAUCCUUCAAUAACAAGUUGGAAGAGAAAAAUGACAUUUCCGGUUCCAAUAAGAACUUUUGCGGCAUUCAAACAUCUUGUCCCUCGACUUUCUCUGGCAGUUGUCCCAUCAGAGCUCCCUUAAAAUUCACAUCUUUUCGGUUGAUAAAUCAGAGCUCUGGUUCCAUUCACCAAACGUUUUAUUUCACCGCUCAAAGCUCUUCUUUUCUUCACAUCUUAUUUGCUUGACCUAUCAGAGCUCUUGUUCUACCUACAGACCUUUCAAGCUGACCAAUAAGAACCAUUGUUGCAUUCGCAUCCUUUUUUGGUUGAUCAAUAGAAGCUCUUGUUAGAAGUUAACAAAUUUUCUUUUUCGUGGAUAUUUCAGGAUGUUCCAAGCCCACAGAGCGGAGUCCAACAGAAACUUCAACAACCUUCUCCGACAAGACGUUUCCUUCCACAAGAAAAUUAACACCCAGUGCGACUUUAAAAUCGUCUACAAAACGUACAAACCCGACUGUUGCAAGCGAAAGCGUAGCUAGAAAACUUUACUCCAAAGGAUUCAGAAGAAAAACGACCGACACCAUUUGCCUUAUGGCUGCGUGGUUAUUGCUGAUGGUAAAUUUGUUAGUGGAUUAACUAAUAACAAGCAAAUUGGAUUUUAUGUUCAACUGGGAUUUUAUCAGGGACACAAGCAAAGAAAUGCGCUUCAUUAAAUGAUAAAGAAGUCAGAUAAAGAAUAAAGCUGAUAAACUGCUCCAAGUUGAAUAUUGCAGAGUUAAACUGGGGUUAUGUCGACCGAAUGAGAACAACUGCACAAAAAAUAUUUGGAAGGCUUCAAGACCUGCAAGGCACCAUGUAAAAUUUCCUGUUAAAAGAUUCUCAGAGGAACGGUGAAAAGAUCCAGAAUGGGGCAACAGUGAUAAAAAAGCGCAGUUUAAUUUGAUACAGAUUAAAAGAAGUUAUGAAC